AUGGUCAUCGUUGGGUUACUUCGACUAUCUGAACCAAUCGCUUUCGCAAGUUAUCUCAGUUACAUCUUUUUCAUGAUCAAAAGUUUCCGAAUCGCAAAGAGCGAUGCUGACGUUUCUAGAUACAGUGGUUAUUUAGCAUCGGCAUUUGCGUUCAGUCAGUUUUUGAGCUCAGUCAAAUGGGGCAAAGCAUCUGAUAAAUACGGGAGAAAGCCUAUUAUUCUUUUCGGAUGCUUUGGUACUGCGAUUUCGAUGAUUGUUUUUGGUUUCAGCACAAACUUUUAUAUGGCUUGUGCUGCAAGGAUCAUGAUGGGGUUAUUGAAUGGAAAUGUUUCUAUCAUGAGAACAACUGUGGGGGAAAUAGCCGUUGAAAAGCGCCAUCAGGGAAUCGCAUUUUCAAAUUUGAGCUUGUUAUGGAGUCUUGGUAAAUGCGUUGGUGCGUACCUUGCAGGGAAAUUGACUGACGUUGACCAUUUUAGAAAUUACAGACGUGAUGAGGAGGAGAGUAAACACGAGUCUGAUUCCUUAUUUGUGAGAUUUCCGUUUGCAUUUUCAAACAUUGUCAUUUCAUCAAUCAUACUCUGUUUUAUUGUCCUAGGUUGGUUGUUCCUUGAAGAGACAAACGAAAGGGUGAAUCAUAAACGCGAUCGGGGGUUGGAAAUUGGUGAUUCUAUUCGCCGGUUGUUGGGGUUUGAAGUACCUGACCGGCCUUGGAAAAUGGCAAAGUCUGAAGACGGUGAAUUCUUGAUCGAAGAAAAUUCAUUACGUGAUGAUGACUUAGAAGAAAAUGACACAUACGAGUUGCGACUGUUGACUUCAAAUGAGGAAGUCACCACGAAGAAGAACACUGAUAUUGCACUCUUCACUUGGCCGAUAAUUUAUCGCAUAAUUUGUAACUUCUUGUUGUCAUUUUGCAAUAUCAUCUAUACCGAAUUCCUCCCCAUUUUGUUGUCGAAAUCAAUCGAUGCAAAGUCUUUGAAAUUUCCAAUUCAUAGUCGAGGUGGUUUUGGUUACAGCACAGAAGCCGUUGGUAAACUCCUUUCAGUUACCGGACUUACUGGCGUGAUUUGUGUCAGUUUGUUGUUUCCUGUCAUCAACAAGUACUUGUCGCUUUUGACUGCUUUUAGAUCUGGAUUAGGGUUCAUUCCGCUCAUAUCAUUCACUUUGCCGUUGAUAAUAUUCACAAUACCAGAGUACAAUCCGUUGUUUCAUCUGCACGCCCAAACAACAGCACUUCUUUACUUGAACACGUUUUUGUCCUCAUUUGUCGGUUCAAUUUCGUUCCUGCAAAUGACACUUUUAAUCCAUCGUGCCUCCCCGAAACAACAUAGAGCCGUCAUCAAUGGCUAUACAAUUUCAUUCACCGCUUUUGCACGGUUUUUGUCUCCGCUCAUAUGGGGGUGGAUUAUGUCAUUAUGUGAUUCCCAUGGUAUUGGUGUUGUUGCUUGGUGGAUGCUAGGUGCUAUCUAUUUGGUGGUAUUUUUCUUUACGUUUCUUCUUAGCGAGGAUGACGAGCCGGAGAUUUGA